GAGGGCGGGGAGGUGCAGCGUGGCGCCUCCCUCCACCUUCCAGCCGGCUCCGGGGCGGCCCGGAGAGCGUGUGGGGGGCGGGGUGAGGGGUGGUCUGAAAGUCUCCUUCCCCCCCCUCCCCGCGGCAGGGGCGCGAUCAGAGGGCGCCGGAGAAACAAAGUUCCCGACGCUCGCCAGGACCAGCGCAGACCUCGCCAGGGCCAUCCAUGGCUUCCAAACUCCUGCGCGCGGUCAUCCUCGGGCCGCCCGGCUCGGGCAAGGGCACGGUGUGCCAGAGGAUCGCCCAGAACUUUGGCCUGCAGCACCUCUCCAGCGGUCACUUCCUGCGCGAGAACAUCCAGGCCCGCACCGAAGUUGGUGACAUGGCCAAGCAGUACAUCGAGAAGGGGCUUCUGGUUCCGGACCACGUGAUCACACGCCUCAUGAUGCUGGAGCUGGAGAACCGGCGUGGCGAGCACUGGCUGCUGGAUGGUUUUCCGAGGACAUUAGUUCAGGCUGAAACCCUGGACAAGAUCUGUGACGUGGACCUAGUGGUCACCCUGAACAUCCCGUUUGAAACGCUCAAAGAUCGACUCAGCCGGCGCUGGGUCCACCCUUCUAGCGGACGGGUCUAUAAUCUGGACUUUAAUCCACCUCAUGUGCACGGCAUUGAUGACAUCACUGGCGAACCCUUGAUCCAGCAGGAGGACGAUAAACCUGAAGCUGUGGCUGCUCGGCUCAGACAGUACAAGGACGUGGCGAAGCCGGUCAUGGAACUGUACAAGAGUCGAGGAGUGCUGCAUCAGUUUUCUGGGACGGAGACGAACAAAAUCUGGCCCUACGUCUACACGCUUUUCUCCAACAAGCUCACACCCAUCCAAUCCAAAGAAGCAAACUGAGCCGGCAACGGGGAGCCGGGAAGGUGCAUCUGCUCCAUCUGCCGCCGUCGUCUGGGUGCUGGUCCCGAGGACACCCCAGCUAGGAUCGCUUGUGGCGUCUUGUCUAGUUGAAAAAGUGAACGAACCGAAAACACGAAUGGGAAGAGGUGAUGGAAGAAACUCUUCUUUGUCCUUCGGAAGACUCGGCUGCACGGGUCUUUGGGCACCUGUAGCAGCCGUACUGGACAGUGGCACACUCAACGUCUGUCGCUGGCUGCGGCUGACCCUGUCCUUCCCGCUCAAGACGAUGGUGAUUACUGGUCCCUCCGGUUCCCCAAAGUUGGCUUGAAUGCAGCCCCCCCCAAGACCUUGUCCCAGUUUCCCUGGUCUGUGCCUUCCCAGCCACAAUGAACUUCUCUGGCCUGGAGUGGCCCGAGUCCACGAUUCUUGUUUUCCUCUUAAGAGUGUCACCUACUUUUCUGUAUUCCUGCUCAAUAGAAUUGCUCUGUGGGUGUUGUUCUCUUGAUUCAAUAAUA